AUGUCUACUUCAGACGAUUCAGAUUCGAACACAAGCUCUAGGAGUGUUUCGGAAGAAGUGGAGAGCGAAAUCGAGGACGAUUUUGGCGUAGUUGGCGGCCUCGUGGAGCCAUAUCGUUUCGAGCCUAUUGCCCCGGAAGACUAUGAAGAGCCCGAGGAAGAAGAAGACGAAGACGGUUUAACUCCGGCUAUAUUAGAGGCUAGAUCUGAAAAUCAGAUAACCCUUGAUACAUGGUAAGUAAGAUAUGUAACGAUAACACUUCAGGCCGAGCGAAUUUAGUUUUCUACGAUCUUCAUGCAUACAACAAUAAUUGUUAUAUGCAUGAAGUCCUCUUUGUUUACGGUUUGUUGUACACUAAGUAACUAUAGUAACUUACGUGUUUUUCUUCUAAAUUCUGCUAAAUUUUGUAGGUGUGAAUGCGGAAACUGCAGUACUGAACUUUUGUCCAAUGCCUUGGAGUUCCGUUGUUGCAAGGAGGUCGCCGCAGCCAUGGCAAAACUUACCUUUGAGGGAAUAGAAGGAAGUUGCGUUCUCGACCACACAGACUUCGACGCGCUAACAAAUGCGACUGUACUCGAGCAAGUUUGCCCUCUUUUGAAGGACAGGAAGGGUCGCAGCUACAAAUUUCCUAGCCGAGGAACUCAAAAUGCUAAGAAUGAGUAA